AUGGCACCGCGAUGGGGGCAUGGUUUUGGGACGUCGAUAGCCGGUACCGUCGAAGCUCCCGACAGCGAAAGCAGGAUUUAUAUCGACUGUCAGGCCGAAGAGCAGGAGGGGGCCCCUGGGACCGACCACAGACUGUCGCUCCAGGUCCGCCAGCAAUGCGAGACAGCCUCGAGCGACAUGGAUCAUCCAUGA